AUGGAACCGAUCCAGGCGUUGCCUGGCAACCCUCAUGCGACACCUCUCCUUGGAGAUACCCUCGCCAAUACUGAUUCGGAAAGCCAGUCAUUGCUUGCUUCUAUAGAUGACGACAACAGCUCUCUAUCACGCAAUUCGCAAUGGGGAGGACACGUCGACAUCGCCUCCCUCCACACAGUCCAAGGCCACCCAGAAGCCCGCGGCAUUGGCUUGGUCCGCCAGAAAUUCAUUCGACAGAUACUUGGCCUGAAUCCAUUCAGGACCUCGUACUUUUCUCUCUAUAAACCGUUGACAGAUUUCCAGUCUAGAUCAAUUCUGUUCAUUGGAUGCCUGCUCUCUGUGGCGUGCGGCGUACCUAUACCCCUCAUUGGCGUCAUCCUAGGAAAGAUCAUCAAUAAUUUCCCCCCACGCGAGGAUGAACUCAAGUUGCGACUGGUGCAGCUCAUGGGCAUGGCUGUAAUCUACUUCGUUGUGGCAUGGGGAUCGACAGUCUGCUGGGCUCUGGUAGGCGAACGGGUAUCAAGAAAAACACGAGAGCAACUCGUAGAAAGAAGCUUGGGGAUGGAUCUAACCUACUACGACACUGUAUCACCCGACAUCACGAACACUCUCACCGAAAAGACGCAGACUAUCCAGCUAGGAACCUCCGAGAAAGUCGGCGUGUUUUUGUCAUCCAUCAGCUACUUUAUCGCUGCGUUCACAGUGGGGUUCACUCUUAAUGCCAGACUCACUGCCGUAAUGUUUGUAACUGUCAUACCGGCAAUGACCAUCGUGGUUGUCUGCGGCACCCAUUUCGUGUCAAAAUUCUCGAAGCAGGCGAGCUCUUUCACCGAUAGGGCCACUUCAGUCGCCGAGAGCGCAUUCAGAGGCGUCCAGAUUGUUCAAGCCUUCGGAGUCACUGAGCGCUUGGCGGAAGAUCAUGUCAACUUCCUCCGCAAAGCCCUCCGAGCCGGCCUUCGCAAGAGCAUCAUCGGUGCUGCCAUGCUCGGAAGUGUGUAUUUCAUCGCAUACGCAGCUAAUGCACUGGCUUUCUGGUACGGGGACAAGCUUCGCAACGGUAGUGCCGAAGCGGGUACAAUUUAUGCCGUUGUUUUCCUGAUCCUGGAUGCAUCUUUCGUCGUAGGAGCGGUCGGCCCAUUCAUCCAGACUUUCGCUUUAGCAGCGGCGGCAGGCCAGGCUGUAUUCGAUGUCCUCGACUACCCAGUCACGGACAUCGAUGUGUACUCUACUAAAGGUAAAACUGUUGACAAAGCCGAUUUCUUAAAGACCAUCACUCUACGGGAUGUUUCAUUUGUGUAUCCUGCACGCCCUACCGAACGAGUCCUUCAAAAUGUUAAUCUCCAGAUCGCUCCCGGAAAGGUCACGGGAUUGGUCGGCCCUUCAGGUUCCGGAAAAUCGACAGUCGCUGCUCUCCUUCUUCGGCUAUACGAUCCUUCUGCAGGCUCUGUGUUGUUGGGAGAUGACGACCUCCGAGACAUUAACAUUAAGAGUCUUCGUUCGCAAAUCGCUCUGGUUACCCAAAGCCCUACGCUGUUCACCGGCACAAUCCUCGAUAACAUUAAACUCGGUUUGCCAGAAGACGAGGACAUUCCUGAAGAUGAAGUAAUUGCGAGGUGCCGUGCCGCCGCCGACGAAGCUUAUUGUGACUUCCUCGACCACCUACCCGACGGCUUGGACACGCAAAUUGGAUCUGGGCAUCAUUCGCAACUCUCGGGAGGGCAGAAACAACGUAUUGCGCUUGCCCGUGCACUGGUCGGUAACCCAGCUCUGCUCCUUUUGGAUGAGUACACAAGCGCAAUGGAUGCCACGAGCGAGGCUAUGGUGCUUGAGAAUCUGCGACGCAGUUCCGCCACAUCUGGCCGAACUACAGUCAUCAUUGCGCAUCGGCUUGCGACCGUCAAAGAUGCUGACCGUAUCGUGGUCAUGAAAGACGGUGGUGUAGUCGAAGAGGGCCGUCACGACAUUCUCACUAUCGCAAAUGGUCUCUACGCUGAGCUCAUCCACGCUCAAAAGUUCGACAAGAAACCCACCUUGUCAUCCGCCUCAUCUUUCAUCUCUGACUUGGGCCGCAGAAAGGAGGUCACACCGGCUCCGAAGGCGUCGCGGGACAAUAGCGUAUCUCGGAGUCCUUCAGCACCCGAUACAGAGAAAGAAAAGUCCGUUCUGCAGCUUAUCCAGAGGUCUUUCGCGUUGAGCCGGAAUGAGAUGCCGGCGAUAGCUAUUGGACUCAGCGCGUCGGUUUUGAGCGGCGCAAUGUCAAUUGGCGAGGCUUUUAUCUUCGGUAAUCUCGUGGAAUUGCUCAACAGCACAUCAGAUGUAUCAGCCCUUAUCUCCAGAUUCUGUCUUCUAUUCUUUGGACUGGCUGUUGUCUCUCUACUCGCUCGCGCCACCGGCGGCAGCGCCUUUGGCUUUGUUUCAGAGAACCUGGUGCUUCGAGUACGCGAUGUGUCUUUUCGCACGGUACUGAUGCAGGACAUUGCGUGGUUCUCCCAGCCUGGUCACUCCCAUCACGCGCUGAUGGCGAAGCUGAACAUGGACAGUGGUCACAUUAGUGGCUUGUCGGGUGUUAUACUUGGCACAUUCUUCUCCAUUGCAACAUCAGUCAUCGGCGGCAUGAUUUUAGCGCAUAUUGUUGCCUGGAGAAUCGCCAUCGUUCUGUUGGCAGCUGUGCCUGUCAUGUUACUUGCGGGAUACUUCCGUUUGCGCAUUCUUGCCAAAGCUCAAGAAAGACAUGAAACUGCUUAUAAUUCAGCUGCUGCCCUGGCAUCCGAGGCAUGCUCUGCAAUCCAGACAGUAGCCGCAUUAGGGCGAGAACGCGACUUCCUCAACAGAUACAGGGCCGCCAUUCAGAAACCAUACGAGGAGAGCCUGCGAUUUAACGUACUUGGCAGUAUGAUUCUGGCAUUCUCACUGUCGGUAACAUACUUUGUGUAUGCUCUAGCAUACUGGUGGGGCUCCAAACAGGUGCGCGCCGGCAAUUAUGGUCAGAGGGACUUCUUCAUUGUCCUUCCUGCGCUGCUAUUCUCAGCGCAGGCUGCCGGACAGCUUUUCAGUCUUGCGCCUGAAAUCACUAGAGCCAGGAGUGCUGCGCAGAGUGUCUUUGCACUGCAUGACGAAAAGCCCACAAUUAUCCAACCUGGAAAAGUUUCUGGGUCCUACCAGCGUGAAGCUUACUCAGUGCCUGCUAUUGCAAACGGAAGCAGCCACAACGUCCGGGGUGAAGUUGAAUUUCGUGGAGUUAGUCUACACUACGCAACGCGGCCUGAUGUGGCCGCUCUGAAUGAUGUAUCAUUCUCGAUCCGCCCGGGCGAGUACGUCGCAUUCGUGGGACGUUCUGGUGCAGGAAAAUCCAGUACUGUGCAUUUGAUCGAGCGGUUCUUCGAUCCUACAGCUGGCAGCGUCCACGUCGAUGGCGAAGACAUCCGAAACGGCGACGUACAGCUCCACAGAGCACGACUUGGAUUAGUCGAGCAGGAGCCUGAUCUAUUCCCGGGUUCUGUCAAGUUCAACAUUGGGCUAGGCAAAGUCGGACCUGAGCCUACUGAGGAAGCUAUCAUCGAAGUGGCGAAGAAAUGCGAGCUGCACGAAUUCAUCAUGAGCCUUCCGGAAGGAUACAAUACCGAGGUUGGUGCCCAUGGGUCGAAGUUGUCAGGUGGUCAAAGACAGCGCCUCGCCAUUGCUCGAGCAGUGAUCAGAGAUCCUGAAAUCCUUCUGCUGGACGAAGCGACCUCUCAAUUGGAUGCGAACACCGAGCGCGAAAUCCGUAAAGCUAUCGCAGCAGCUUCGAAGGGAAGGACCACUAUCAUGAUUGCCCAUCGUUUAGCAAGUGUUCAACACGCUGAUUGUAUUUUUGUCUUCGAAGCUGGAAAAAUCGUUGAACAGGGACGACAUGAUGAACUCGUCUCAUUGGGUGGCAUCUACGCGGGUAUGGUUGCUGCUCAGGAGUUGGAUUGA